AUGGUAGGCGACAAGCCCAAGCAUCCUAUCCUGGAGAGCGGCUGUACCGAGCUCAUGCAGGCUGCCUACAAGGGAGACACCAAGAAGGUGAAGGCUCUCGUCGACGGGGGGGCAGACGUCAACCAGCAAGAUGCCUAUGGCUGGACGGCUGUUCGUUACGCCGUCAGGAACAGGCAACUCAAGAGCACUGAGACCCUUCUGGAUCUGGGAGCCGACGUGAACAUCGCAUCCAAGACGGGACGGACGCCCCUGAUGUCCGCGGCCGGCAAUGGCCUGGAGGAGCUCUGCAAGAUGCUGGUGGAGCAGGGGGAUGCAGACAUCAUGGCCGGUGCCCCAGCCGCAGAUGAAGGUGGCAAGACUGCCUACGACCUGGCCCUGAGGACUGGGCCUCUGGGCAGCGACCUUAUCCGCGACCUCGUUGCAGGCUUGAGCCGCCGCUUCCGGCCUUCUGACGUUCUUGAGAUCCUCGCUGCAGCCGACCUUGCCCUUCUUCCUGUCACGUGCACUUGCUCCAAGACUGAGACGGUAUUCAACAGCAACGACAGCAACCGCCAGCACCAUCACUGCCACCACCACCACCACCACCACCGCCACCACCACCACCGCCACCGCCCUCCUGCUCCUGCUACUGCUACUCGUACUGUUACUGCAACUACGCCUACGGCUAUGUUACGACGACGACGACGGCGACUAGACUACGACCACGAACACUGCCGCCCCUGCCAGAGCUACCGCGAAAGCAGAAAGAGUCGUGACAAAAAAAAACGCCGAAGAGCACGAGAAGAGCCAACUUGGGCGCCAGAGCUUCUUUUCUGGUCCCUGGCCGCAGGUGGGCAGACACCCGGGGCCGGCGAGGAAGGCUGGAAGAGGAACCCAGGCCCGGCCGGGGGGAAAAAAUGCAACCCAGUCGAAGAAAUUAGACUCUCCCAAAACCAGCCGCUGCUCCUCAGUUCGUCGCUGGCAACGAGGUGCCUAAGUUCCUUUGUGCGAAGUACCCACGAGUCGCUCGCCUUUUGA